GUCAGUCGAUCCAAAAGAGCUUUGCUUCCCUCCGAGGUCUCGUGUUUCCCAGCUUUAGCAACAUCAAUCUUUUGUAGAAUCGAUUUGAGCACGGUUUAUCGGGAAGGAGAAGAUGGGCAAAUCAUGGGCGCUUCUGACCCACCUCCACUCCGUCGCCGGGCCAAGCGUUAUGCUGCUCUACCCUCUCUACGCGUCGAUCUGCGCGAUGGAGAGCCCGUCCAAGGUCGACGACGAGCAGUGGCUGGCCUACUGGAUCCUCUACUCCUUCAUCACCCUCCUCGAGCUGGUCGCCGAGCCGGUCCUCUACUGGAUUCCGGUGUGGUAUCCGGUGAAGCUGCUCUUCGUGGCGUGGCUGGCGCUCCCGCAGUUCAAGGGCGCCUCCUUCAUCUACGAGAAGUUCGUCAGGGAGCAGCUCCGCAAGUACCGCGGCAGGGCGCGCAAGGGCGACUCCGACCACAAGGUGCACAUAGCCAAGGCUGAGGCGGCUGACAAUGUUCAUAUGUACUGAGGAGAAGGGACC